AUGGGCUCCCUUUCACUGUUGGGUCUUACCACGGCUAACGUUCCCUGUGCUGCUGCUGUUGAGAAGACCUGCCGUCCCUGGCAGCCCCGUGUGCGGCGCACGUCUUCGCUAGACACCAUUGUGGGCUCCUACCUGUUGGGACAGUGGCCGCGGGACGCCGAAGGAGCUUCUGCUUCGUGCAUGAAUGACAAAGCUACCCAGACUCCAGUGUCCUGGCAUGACGCAGAAGUGGGAAAAGCCAGCUCCAGUGCUCACAAGCGUUCUGCUUCUUGGGGUAGCACAGAUCACCGCAGAGAGAUUGCCAAAUUGAAGCAACAGCUCCAGCGAACAAAGCUAAAUGGCAGAAGUGGCAAAGAAAAGGAGAAGAGCUCCCCACUCCAGGGGGACCAUGCUGUCCUUGGAUCGCUCAGGGACUCUCCUUCAGGCUUCCUCUCUCCAUCUCCCAUUUUGAGGCUCAGCCCCUGCUUGCAUAGGAGCCUGGAAGGGCUAAACCAGGAACUGGAGGAAGUGUUUGUGAAGGAACAGGGAGAUGAAGAGCUUUUGCGGAUAUUGGAUGUCCCAGACGGCCACAGGGCACCAGCGCCUGCUCAGAGAGGCUCUGGAGAUGCGUCCCUGACCCUGGAGCCCAGCAGUGGCAGCUGUAGCAGCCUGUCUCUUUCUCCUUUCCCUUCCGUGCCUCUCCGCCUUUCUCCGCCCACCCCCGUGAGCCUGGCCGGGGACGAAAAAAAACAGACGAGGUAGCCAGAUCCGAAGGAGAAAGAGGAGGGCAGCCCUUCACCAGUCCUGGCCUUUGCUUCUUCUCCUCGGCCCAACCACAGCUACAUGUUUAAACGGGAACCUCCUGAGGGAUGCGAGAAGGUCCGGGCCUUUGAAGAAGCUUCCUCCCCCAGCCCCGAUCAGACUUUUCAGCCUUCCUGCCCAGAUAAGAACAAAGUGCACUUCAACCCCACCGGUUCUGCCUUCUGCCCCGUCAGCCUGGUGAAGCCUCUCUUCCCAAACGUGGGUUUCCUCUUCAGGGGCUUUCCGCCUCCUUCCAGCCCUGGCACGGGCACGUUUACAUCCUGCCAGCCCCCAGCCCCCACCCCGUUCCUUGGGGCGCGGAAGGACGCUGCAGUAGAUAGCUUCAGCGAGGUGUCCAAGUCUCCUUCACUGAAUUACGAACACUGGAAGCGCGGCCAAGAGCGGCGUCUCCCACAGCUCCCUCGUGGUGUGAAGCCUCUGGGGAAAGCUAGCCAGCAACAGCAGCUCUGGCUCCUCAGCGCGUCUCUGCCAGCCUGUGGAGACCAGUGCCUUGAAAGUGGGACGUGACAGCCAAGAGGCGGCCCUGGGAUCGAGAACCCCAGCAGGCUUCCUCCAGGGACGAUAGAAACUGUGAAGUACAGCGUGCCACGGGACUCCUCGCUGCUGGAGAGGCUUGUUUCUCUGAGCCUCCCUUGCUCAAAGCACUUUCCUGUG